AUGACAUCCCUCAGCGAUAAGAAGUACUGGCCAGACGUGUCUAUCGUCUUUUACCCCACUAGUUUCAACAGUACGAUUGCUCCUCCGACGGAUAUCGUCUCGGGUCUCCGGCCUUUAAUAUGGAAACACAGAUCAGCAUCAUUUUCCCAAUCGUUUAUGCGCUACGUUGCAGAAAUCGCCCACACGCGCCCUCUGGACGUAUCUCUGAUCUGCGAGGCCCUCAGGCUCCUUUUCAACUGCGACAAUGUCUUAGCGUUGCAGAUUCCCGAUCCCGACAACAAAGACUCAACUCUCAGUUUUGAAUAUAUCGCCACCAUGGAGUUAAUCGAGGAGAUAGACACACGGCUUCAAGACAAGUAUGACGAGCGGAAGAUGGAGAUUUCCCCCGACAACGAGCGCAUUAGUGGUGCAUUGCUAUCUGCGUCGCUGCUAAGGCACCAAGUCGACGUCCUCCAGAACACGACGGUGGAUAUAAUAUGUUCCGGCCUAUGCGAAUUUGGCCGGAAGAAUGCCAACAAGCUCGACGAGCUCUUUGGCGUUAUGUCGAUAAUCCAUAUUGCCGUGGCGGGAAAUUUCCUCUUGAAAGACCUGCAGAAGCACCUCCCUGGCGACGGCAUUAUACAAGCGCUGAAGAACUGCAUAGAAACCGAGUUAUUUAAGGUAAAAGGAGCCCGUGCACUCCUAGAUGUCGCGAUAGCGAGCGCGGAGAGUGGGUACACAAAGAACGUCGCGGAAGAACAGGCCUGGAGAAUUCUUUUCCCUACCUACGCCGCGCAGAACAGCUAG